UCUCCCAGGCUGCCCCGCGCGCGCGCCGGCAGUUCGGCCACGUCCCUGGCCACGUCGCGCCUGCUUUCGCCAUCUUCGCCGCUUCCUCUCAGAGGCUGCAGCCGCCGCCUGAGCCGCCGAGCGCCGGGGCCGCCGCGCUGCGCCGACCGCCGCCGCCAUGAACAUCUUCCGGCUGACCGGGGACCUGUCCCACUUGGCGGCCAUUGUCAUUCUGCUGCUGAAGAUCUGGAAGACGCGCUCCUGCGCCGGUAUUUCUGGGAAAAGCCAGCUUCUGUUUGCACUGGUCUUCACAACUCGUUACCUGGAUCUUUUUACUUCAUUUAUUUCGUUAUAUAAUACAUCUAUGAAGCUUAUCUACAUUGCCUGUUCCUAUGCCACAGUAUACCUGAUCUACAUGAAAUUUAAGGCUACCUAUGAUGGAAAUCACGAUACCUUCCGAGUGGAGUUUCUGGUGGUCCCUGUGGGAGGCCUCUCGUUCCUAGUCAAUCAUGAUUUUUCUCCACUCGAGAUUUUAUGGACCUUCUCCAUCUACCUUGAAUCAGUGGCUAUCCUCCCACAGCUCUUUAUGAUUAGCAAGACUGGGGAAGCUGAGACCAUCACCACCCACUACCUGUUCUUCCUGGGCCUCUAUCGAGCUUUGUAUCUUGUCAACUGGAUCUGGCGCUUCUAUUUUGAGGGCUUCUUUGACCUCAUUGCUGUGGUGGCCGGUGUAGUCCAGACCAUUCUAUACUGUGACUUCUUCUACUUGUACAUUACAAAAGUACUCAAGGGAAAGAAGCUCAGUUUGCCAGCGUCAAAUGCAAGCUGGGACCGUUCAUCGAAGAGCACCAUGCGCAGAACAGGAUCUGGAACCUCAGCAUACUGAUGGCAUCUGUAGCCAUUCUACUGAAGUAAAAAUAAAACAGGCAAAGUUGUUACCACCAUUCUCUGGUCAACCAGGAUAACAUCUUAAUAACAAGGGUGCCCGAAUUGGAGUGUGGGAAUAGGCCACAUCCUGGCCAGUUGGAUACAGCGGCCUUGUGUGACACGCCUUAUGAAGCACUGUUUCAUAGUUACUUUCACUUCCAGAAUAAAGGUUACCAGGUAAUUAA